UCGAAGGCUCCGCCCCAACCAACCGUGCGCGGCGCAAGGAGAGCAUCUCAGCUCCUCAGCUGGCCAGUCUUGAUUGGGGUGAUGAAUAUGAUCCGACCUCUGUCCACCUUGGCAAGAUGGAACAUCUCCGGUCGCUGGGCAGUGUCUAUUAUCUUGUUUAUGGAACCGAGACCUUCCUACACAAUCACUAUUGUUUAAGUCUCUUGCAGCGCUUUGAGGACAUCAAAACUCUUUCCCUGAUGCUGGCAUAUCCACGGGAUUUAGAGAACUAUCAAUACUUGAUGGAAGACAUGAUAGUGCUCCCUGACAUUACAGUUUUGUGCUUGAUGGUAAUCACAAAUGGACAUGCCUUUGGGUCCAGCGUGUUCCAUGUUCUCAGAUUGUGCACUGGUAUAAGAAGGUUGAUAUUGGACUUACCUACUAGUAGUGGCUCAGAGGUCCAAACUGUAUGCUCAUCAGAUUGCAUAUGUGAUCAACCAGCAGACUGGGAAACCGAGGAACUCCUGUUGAAUCAUCUCGAAGAAGUAGAAAUCACUGGAUUGAGAGGAUCUGAACAUGAAUUUGCUUUUGUGAAACGACUUUUCAAUUGGGGGACAAAGCUUAAAGAGAUGAGAGUAACUUUCUAUCGUUCAACCUCUGAAAUCAAGGCCAAGGAGUUCUACGAAAUAUAUCAGAGUUUCUCUAGGCCCGAAGUAUGCUUGAAACUUUACCUGUAUCGGAACUUAAGUGUGGUGUCAUAUGCACCUGAGGACUAGCACACCAGGUUGUCACUUUAGAACUUAGGCACCCUUUAUGGUUUCUGAUUUCUUGUUGUGAACCAUGCUGUAUGAGAGCAUCAAAAUGCUAGCAGAUUAGAAAAAUAUUGAGAACCA